AUGGCAAAAGAAGUAGCCAUUACUGCAAUAAUUGAUAAAGAUUCAAGGGACAAACUUUGCCCAGAGCUCUCAGGCAUUGAAGACGAAAGGCCCACUCUGUCCCCAUCGAACUCGAACUUCCUAGGCCGUCCCUUCCUCUUCUUCACCGCGCCUUCCAACCCCAUUGGGCCCGAAGACUCUUCUCCCGAGCCCACUACCACGACGGGCCCAGCGCUCUCUGCGCCCAGGCCCGGCCCUCUGUCCCCAUCGACCUCGUCCUUCCUAGGCCGUCCUUCCAACCCCAUUGGGUCCGAAGACCCUUCUCCUGAGCCCACCACCACGACGGGCCCAGCGCUCUCUGCGCCCAAGCCCGGCCCUCUGUCCCCAUCGACCUCAUCCUUCCUAGGCCGUCCUUCCAACCCCAUUGGGCCCGAAGACCCUUCUUCUGAGCCCACCACCGCGACGGGGCCAGCGCUCUCUGCGCCCAAGCCCGGCCCUCCUGCCACAAUUCCCUCAGGCACCACCGCGUCGGUCAUGUCCUCCAUGGACCAAGAAAACCAAGAGAAUUCUUAA